CGCGCUGUGAGCGCUGGUGCGAGACAGCUGGCACAGGCAGCAGCACGGGGGCCAGAGGCGGCUGCAGCACCAGCCGGGAACGAGCUGUGCCGCAGGGAGCUGCCACAGCUGCUGCCCAGCGCUGAAGGAACCUCUACUGCCCACCCUUCCUAGUGUUUUUGGAGAUGGCGGGUGAAAUCACAGAGACCGGGGAGCUCUAUUCUCCCUACGUCGGGCUGGUGUACAUGUUCAACCUCAUUGUGGGCACGGGGGCGCUCACCAUGCCCAAGGCCUUCGCCACCGCCGGCUGGCUGGUCAGCCUCGUCCUGCUGGUGUUCCUGGGCUUCAUGAGCUUCGUGACCACCACCUUUGUGAUAGAGGCCAUGGCUGCAGCCAACGCCCAGCUCCACUGGAAGAGGAUGGAAACCCACCAGGAGGAGGACGACGACUCCUCCACGGCCUCGGACAGCGACAUUCUCACCCCGGACAGCUACGAGCGGGCAGAGAAACAGCCCAUCCUGUCAGUGCAGAGACGCACAUCCCCCAACCUGUUUGAAAUCACAGACCGGGUGGAAAUGGGACAGAUGGCCUCCAUGUUCUUCAAUAAAGUGGGGGUCAACUUGUUCUACUUCUGCAUCAUCAUUUACCUGUACGGGGACCUGGCUAUCUACGCCUCGGCCGUGCCCUUCUCUCUCAUGCAGGUGACCUGCAGCACCACGGACAACGACUCCUGCGGUGUGGAGGCCGACACCAAGUACAACGACACAGACCUGUGCUGGGGGCCCCUGCGCCGCGUGGACGCCUACCACAUCUACCUGGCCGUCUUCACUCUCCUGCUCGGACCUUUCACCUUCUUUGACGUCCAGAAGACCAAGUACCUGCAGAUCCUGACCUCGCUCAUGAGAUGGAUCGCUUUCGCCAUCAUGAUCGUGCUGGCCUUGGUCCGCAUCGGAAGGGGGCAAGGAGAGGGGCACCCGCCCCCGGCCAACUUCUCGGGGCUCCGGAACCUGCUCGGGGUGUGUGUCUACUCCUUCAUGUGCCAGCAUUCCCUGCCGUCCCUCAUCACCCCCGUCGCCUCCAAGCGCCACCUUACGCAGCUGGUGUUCCUGGACUACGUGCUGAUCCUGGCCUUCUACAGCCUGCUGUCCUUCACCGCCAUCUUCUGCUUCCAAGGCGACAGCCUCAUGGACAUGUACACCCUCAACUUCGCGCGCUGCGACAUCGUGGGCCUGGCCGCCGUGCGCUUCUUCCUGGGCCUCUUCCCGGUCUUCACCAUCAGCACCAACUUCCCCAUCAUCGCCGUGACCCUGCGCAACAACUGGAAAACGCUCUUCCACCGCGAGGGCGGCACGUACCCGUGGGUGGUGGACCGCGUGGUCUUCCCCACCAUCACCCUGGUGCCGCCUGUGCUGGUGGCCUUCUGCACCCACGACCUGGAGUCCCUGGUGGGCAUCACCGGGGCCUACGCGGGCACCGGCAUCCAGUUCGUCAUCCCUGCCUUCCUGGUGUACCACUGCCGCAAGGACACCCAGCUGGCCUUUGGCUGCGGGACCAUCAACAAGCACAGGUCCCCUUUCCGCCACACCUUCUGGGUGGGCUUUGUGCUGCUCUGGGCCUUCUCCUGCUUCUUCUUUGUCACAGCCAACAUUGUCCUCAGCGAGACCAAGCUCUGAUGGCAGGGCGUGCCGGCUGACAGGAGGGCUGGGCCACCUGCGGAGCAAGAUUUAGUUGCCACCCAGGUCUUCGUGGGCAGGCAGGACAGGGACCCUCCGCGCCCAGGACUCCACCCAGUGUGUACCUGGCCUGGCUCACUGGAGCUGCCCCCCGCCCAGGCCUUCCUGCCCCGGGCACCGCGUGGCUGCUCUGGGGUUUCAGGACGCACCCGCUUCACACAGGCUGCCCCCUCAGCUGUGGGAGGCAGGCUCCUCCCCCGUGUGGCGGGGAAACACAGUGCUGGCGCUGCUGCUAUUUAUACCCGACCCCUGUCCUCUCCUCCGCCCUCCCCGGCCCCUUCCUGCAUCUUUGCCUGUCCACCAGCAGCGGCCACCCAAGCCUGGCCCUGCUAACCUGGCCUGCCUGUGGCAGGCAGGACCCAGCUCCCUGCCAGGCCUGAGAGUUGCUAAGCGCCACUCCUAGGGGAGGGCCUGGUGGCUCCAGUGACAAGAUUGGGAAGUGCUAAUUGGCACCAGGGUCCCCAAACCAGAGCCGUGAGGGCUCCUGCUGUGGCUGCCAUCUCUGGGGCACUGUGCCAAUGGCACAUCCCUUGCCAGGGCACACAGCAGCCUAUGAGCUGUUUAAAGUCCUUCGCUCAGGAUUCUGGGAAGGGGCUCCUGGCCCCCUGGCUGCCCUCCUGGAACCCUCCGGGUCUCCUGCAGGAUAGGGGUUCUGUUGGAGGGUGCUGCCCCCACCACCGCCCCUAGUGGCUUACUGCCCUGGGCAUGUGGCUUCGUGGUUCCUGCCCGUGGAAGGUCAGGCCAGCGGGCAGCAGCACAGCCUGCGGCCUUGCUCUGAUCCGACACUAAGGGUGCUCCCUCUGGAGUCUGGCCAUGGGUGCUCAGCGGUCCCACUCUCCCCGUCCCUGAGUGCUGCAGGGUUGGAUGAGACACCUGCCACCAUUCCUGUGGACGGAGGCCAGGCUCCCAGCCACCUCCCGCUCAGUCACGCAUGCACCGGGCCAGCCACUGUGGAGACACAGGUGACUCUAUUGAACUUUGCAUUUUCGAUGUGCCUUCUGCUUCAGGCCCUGGGGAUCCUUCCUGACCCUGGCUUGCCCCCAGCCCUGACCCGGUCCCACCUGUCCUGGAGCGCAGAGCGGCUUGCCGGGGAGCCGCCUCUCUGGGGGACGGGAGCUCCGGCCCCUGCCCCGCCCUCUUGAUUUCAGUGCCUUGCUUAGCCCUGUGAGGGCACCUGCGCCACCUGCUCCUCUGUGUGUCUCGCUGUCUCUAAAGUUUGGACGGUACACCCUGGGACCCAGGGCAUGUGGGUCUGCAGGCAGCACUGCUCUGCUCCUGGCCCUGACGUCCCUGCCCCUGAGACUCCCUGGGUCGUAAGUGGCCUCGGUCUGCCUUCUCGCCACGGUCACGUGCGGGCAGUUGUCACAGCUAUCCCCAUAGCCACCAUCUUCCAUCCAUGUGAGAAAUAGCUGCUCCGUCCCCACCUGCCACAGUGGCAUCUUCCCAGGAGGCCCUGCCCAGGGGUGGACCAAGCCAGCUGGCACCAGGGUGCUGAGGCCAAGUAUGAGGAAGAGCCGCCCCCCCCUGUGCUGGGCCCUCCCCGAAGCUGCCUGCUGUUUGCUGAGAACUCAAUUAAAACAUCUGUACUUACCUUCUCCAAUUACACUCCCUCUUGCUUAAGGACAAAGCAAAUUAAAUCAUCCUGCCGCCCCGGGCUCCAAACCAAAUUUUGGAAGCAAAUUUAUUAGCAUCAUAAAGCCCAGGUUGAUUUAUGUGACAAUCUGGAGCCACACACAGUAGUGGAGUCUGGUGACUACAUUCCCCUCCUCCUGUGAGCCCCAGCAGCCCCAGCCCUGGAGGGAAUUGACCUGAAGUGAUCAUGUCACAGAUGUCAAGCAGGGACCCUCCCCACUGUCUGGUUUCUUGGCACCUUGGUCUCCACCUGCCACCUGUCUUGUGAAAAAUCGGAUGAGGUCACCUUCCUCUCCACCACUGGCCUCUGCCACAGAUGGCUGGGCGGGUCGGGCCGAGGGAUGGAAGACCCUAGCAGCUAGACCUCCCGAGGUAAUGCUGCCCGCCACACGCAGCAGGCCCGACCGUGAGCUUUUAUAUCAACGUGAGAGGCAAGUCAAGUCGUGGCUUCAUUCGCAGAGGGGCCCUGUGGGUCACUGGUGGGGAAAACGGGGAUGCCAGCUCCGCCUGGCACAAGGUGCAAGUGUCACUGUGGCGGUUUUAAACUCAGCAGCCUCUAGCCGCGUCCAGAGCAGCCCCCAAGGGAAGCCAGGUCAAGGUGGAGAAGACGGUCUUUGCCUCUCCACGCCAAGGUGCCAGGCCCACCUGAGCUCUGGCGCCUGCUGCCAGCCCUCUGACUCUGCCUCACCUGAGGCCUGGGAGGCGGCUGUGGCUUGUAGAUGGGCCAGAUGGCAGGUGACAGGCGGAGGCACUGCUGAGCUGUGGAAGGUGGCAGUGGGCCCCGGGCCAGGCCCCAGGCCACACAUCUGUGCUCGCCACAUGGGGCCAGGCGCGGCCCUGGCAACAGGCUGACACCCGAGUGGUGGAAAGCAACCAGGCAACCAGCAGAGGGGAAGUGGCAGCUGUGCCAGGCCCCAGGGGAGCAGAAAGCUGAGACUGCAGCCUGCUUAGGGGUCAGAGGCCCUAGCGAGGCUGACUCAUGCCAGGGGCCCCUGGAAAAUCUGGCUCCUAGAGCCCCAGAGCCAGAGCUGCCAGAGAGCCCUGCCACUCCUCCCUGGGGCCUGGGGCUGGCAGUGUCAGCCACAUCCUGGAGAAAGGGAGACGUGACCUGUAUAGAGGGCCUGCUGUGUGCCUGUCACAGUGCUCGGUACUUCUUUGAGCCUCCUCUGUGACGCGGGGUAACUGCCUGUUUGACUGACAGGUGGUGGAAAAUAAAGGACUGAGCCCAGUGCCUGGCACAGAAGCGCUCAAUAAAG